AUGGUUAUGUCUACUUCACUUAUUACAAUUCAAGAUAUAGAAGUGCUGUCACGAACCUGCACUUUAUUCUUAACAUUUAUGGCUAUGCUUUUGGGAAUAAGUAAUUGUGCUCGAAGGCGAACGAGAACAAGACGGGUGGCCAGAACUGAGAGAACACCGAAAAGUAGAGGUAGUAAAAGUAAAAGAAAGCGUGCUCAGAAGCAGCAAGAAUCUGCUGAAGUGUCGGCUAGAUCGGAUGUAUGGGACGAUUAUGAUAAGAAGAUUCACAGUUCAGAGUCAAGAACAAGUGGAGCCAAGCAUGAGCAAAAGAAAAUUCCAAGCGCUGAAAAGAAACAAGGGCCAUCAUCGGGAAACAAAAGCGACGAGCCUCCGAAAUGGCCAGAAGCCCAAGUUGAUUUCUCGGAAGCCUUAAAAAAGCCACCACCCGAUGUAGAUUUGAAUGAUUUCAUUGUGAGAGCUGCUAUGGCACAAACAGUUGUGAAUCCUUUGCUAGUGAAGAAAAUUGGUAAUAUCGAUGAUGAAUCAGCGGACCCGAAGAAGCAAAAAGCGCAACUAGAGAAACUUGAAGAAGAAAUGAAAUCAAAGGAAGAUAAAGAAGAGGAAGAGAAGGACAAGAAAGAUUUUAAGAGUCCUGCGCAAAGUCUGAAAUGGGGAGAUCAUAAAUGUGUGCUCUACGAGACACGAGACCAGCUGACUCUUGAAGACGACGCAGAAGAUGCGGAUCUGCCUUAAUGGAAAUCGGAAUUUUUCUGUUGUCGACAAUUUUUGUAGGAGUAGUGACAGUCAAUCUAUACGACUUAUGUAUCGAUU